AUGGCUGAUCCUGAGGUUCAGAUUGCAAUCGAUUUAGACACUGAUUCUGCAUACAAUGACGACGACGCGUCCGAAACUACUUCUUUGAAGUCCGCUAUUCUUAGCUACAAGUACCGCAAUGGUCGAAGGUAUCAUGCAUACAAAGAAGGCUCUUAUUGGGGUCCAAACGAUGAAGAGCAAGCUGAUCAGCUGGAUAUCUUUCAUCACAUCUGCUCACUUGUGCUGGAUGGCGAGCUGAACCUCGCACCGACACCGAGCAAUCCUAUGCGUGUACUGGAUUUAGGCACGGGUACUGGCAUUUGGGCGAUUGACUUCGCGGAUAAGUAUCCAUCUGCCGAGGUUCUUGGAACGGAUCUCAGCCCCACGCAACCUUCUUUGAUCCCUCCGAACCUCCACUUCGAGGUCGAUGAUUUCACUGAGCCAUGGGUGUUCCGCAAAGAUAGCUUUGAUUUCAUCCAUGCGCGGUCGCUGUACGGCUGCGUGGCGGACUGGCCAGCCUUUUACAAAGAGGUGUUGACCCAUCUCCAACCCGGAGCGUACUUUGAACAAGUCGAGAUGAGUGUUGAACCAAAAUCUGAUGACGGCACCGUGGAGCCGGGGUCAAUCUUUGACCAGUGGGGCAAAACCUCACUUCUACUAGGAGACAAGUUUGGAAAAACUCUGCGCGUUCUCGAUGAAUCAAAAGGUAACAUGGAAGCCGCUGGCUUCGUCGAUGUCGUAGAACAUCGGUGGAAGUUGCCAAUCGGCGGCUGGCCAGCUGACAAACGGUUCAAAGAGAUUGGGCAAUACAACAGGAUACACUGGGAUCAGGGCAUUGAGGGAUGGUGCAUAUUUCUGCUGACAACGGUGCUGCAUUGGAGCGUGGAGGAGGUGCAGAUCUAUCUUGCGAAAAUGCGGACGGCUUUGAAAGAUCGAAAAAUCCAUGCGUACCAGGAAAUAACAUUGGUGUACGGCAGGAGGCCUGGACAGCCUUGA